GCAGUGAUACCUUACGGCCACCAGUUAUUGAAUAAUUUUGUUUUUAUGAAGUUUUAUGUUUUAUGAUAUUCUGUAGGGGUAACUCUAGUCCGUGCUUAGUAUGUCCUGUGUGGGCUGGAACAACGCUGAAAAGCAAGCCCAUUAGUUUCGGAUCUACUCCGGAAAAUGCCUAGAAGGAAAAAACACGGUGCUGAAUUAGUGCCAGUCAUGUUGAAAACCAUCACUGAGUUGUAGUCUGUGCCAUUAAAGAAUCCAUUUCAGAUCAGACUCAGAAUUUACUCACUAUUGAAUGUUAGAAUUAUUUCAGAAUGCUGAAAUAAUUCUAAUUAGUGAGAUUUAACUGAGCAUUAUAAUGUGGCCUCUCAUUUUUCAGUUUAUACGUUCCAAUAUUGCUUAUGUAGCUUUACCAUUUGCUGCUGUCGUUGGAUUUGUUGGAUAUAACGCCGAAAGUUGGUUACGCAGUCCUGAGGCAAUUUCAAGUUCAAAGCAUAAUCCUAAACAAACCAUCUCAGAAGCCCGCAUUGAACAACAAAUGAAUAUGCUUAGAUUAUUGACCUGUAAAAAAGACACCAGUCGUUUUCAAGUAUGAAUACGUAGUGUAAAAUGGAGUGCUUUCAACAACUACAUAACUGUACGAAACUUUCGUCAGUUAUGCUCACUUCAGUUUGAUCUCUGUUAGCAUUCUAUUAACAAAUUAGAAUUUUUAGAGUAACUGUAAGCAACAGUUGAUGAAGUACCAUGAAUGACUUUUACCUAUUCCAUUCCAAUCGUUGAUGUUGCUGAUUGAUAGUUCCGUAUUUAUGAAGAGAAAUGAUACCACGAGAUGAUUAAAUAGAAGUCUUAAAAUAGUAAGCCUCUACUAUACACCAUUCAAUUGCUUUCGUUUUUGCAGAAGAAAAAGACUGUACAUCUACAGACUACGUGCUAAAGGUAGACCUAUUCAGUAAAACAAACUUUUACUUCUGAAAGACUUCAAAUAACUUGAUUCUUAAUUAGUUUUCAAAUAUCAUCGGAUUCUUUUUUCAUCGAAUUAAAUUUCGUUUAUUAUUUAUCAAAAUUAUUUGUGGUCUGUCUCAUUUAACAUAUCUCAGUAGUAACACCAUCACUUACUAGGAUACAAGCUUAACCGUCUAGACAGAUAGGACGAAAUGUGUGUCUUGAUUUCCAUUGCUACUACUGUCAACCAACUAAUUAGUGCAGUUAAGAUGGGGAUCUAGAAGAGAAUGUGAAGUCACUUGAUCCUUCUAAGUCCUUAGAACAUGUGAAAAAUGAUUUCACAUCCUAUUGUAUUUAUCAGUAUAGACACACAUAAUUAAGGAGGACAUUUCAAUCUCUAUACGUAAGUGCUGCACAGAAAAUUAGGAUACAGUGUGAAUCUCUAGAACCAAUUAAUGGCGAAAUUAGACGAACAAGCGGCUCAAUCUUGAAACCUAUUAUUGAAACACGACAUCAAAUAGAUGUGUACACACCUUUUAAACGUAAUUAUUAUACCUGUUGGGAGUGAGGGGUAUCCUAAUUUCUAUGAAAGCCGAGGUAAUCAUGAUGUUUAAUCUAUCACAAUGUAUUCAUAAACAAUUUGUCAUCAAGCUAACCCUUCCUUGGUAAAUUUUGUUCUGAAACCAGAAUUAUUGUUCCACCAUGCCUCUUAUUUUACUCUAUUGAUCUUCGUUGUUAUUCUGACCUUUGAAAUAGCCUUUUAAUCUGACUAUUGUUUAUUCUGUUAUCCCUUAACACAUAAUUUUUUAAAUAUAAAUUCCCAUGACAAGUAUGUAUGUACGAUCAGAUUGUUUGAAAUGCAUUGUACAAAUACGCACUAUAUCAUUUGAAUAAGUUACGUCUCCUUUUCGUUUUUGUCAAACAACUUCUGUUUAACUGAAACUGUUUUGCCCCUUAUUUAUUUACAAAUCAUUCAAUAUUUUGCCUUAUUCCCCCCUUUUCUAUUUCUCUAGCUAAUUAAAGAUUUUCAUGUCAUUAACCAUUAUUUCAUGUAUGUUAGUUGAAUUAGCCUCUGAGUAUGGAAGUGGCUAUUUCUAGGCCUCGUUAAUUCAUUGCAGAUGACUAGGUAUACUUAUGAAUCCAGUAAUUAUGUGUAAGUAAGAUUUUGUUAAUAGUAUAUUUGCCUUUGAUGUCUUCUGCCAGAAUCUCCAAUAGGUGAGGGAAGGAUUAGAUCACGAAAAAAGCAAUGAGAGAUCCGUUUGAAACAAUAAAGCAAACGUGAAAGUUAGACAAAAGUAGGAUAAAAACGAA